AUGGCGGACAGUAAAUUCUGUGCUGGUUGUCAGCGCAGUGAUGAAGACAUUACAGCUGUAUCUUGGUGCAGUGACUGCUGUGAACUUGUAUGUAAGGCGUGUUCCAGAGUUCACAAAAGAAUGUCCCCGCCUCACAAGAUAGUACCAAUGAAAGAGAUACAACAACUCAGUUCGUCACUUCUUACAUUGUCCAAGAACUGCGACAAUCAUCCAGAUCAAAAGAUUGCACUGUACUGCUGUCAACAUGACAAGGUAGUCUGCGUGUCAUGUGUUCCGAUAUCACAUCAAAAUUGCAAGUCUAUCAUUUCAAUUGAAAAAGCUGCUAGAGGCGUGAAAGAUGGUACCGCUAUUUCUGAUCUAGAGAGAAGGAUUUCAAACCUAUGUCAAGUUACAGAGAACAGACGGAGUCAAAGUGAGAAAACACUUGUAGAUUUGGAAAAGAGUCGUACCAAAAUAAAGACAAGGGUGUCUGAAAUCAAACGGAAAGUCAUUGCUUAUUUAGAUACGUUAGAAGCAGAGAUACAUAAAGAUAUUGAUUCUAAGUAUGCAAAUUGUACUGAGAGUGUGUCCCGAAAUAAAGAUAGCAUACAAUCCAGUGCAGACUCGCUGUCUACAUGGAAAAGUGAUCUACAUUCACUGAAGCAACAUACAUCAGAAGUUCAUUUAUUCCAGGUGGUAAAAUUUCUAGAUGCAAAAGCUUACCAAAAAAAAUUAGAAAUCAGAGAAAUCCAAACAGCUACUGUUCCGAUACUUAAAUAUCAUCCGUCAGAAUCUGAGUCGAAAAUUAAGAACCUAGUCCAAGACUUGGGUACAAUAACGGUUGAAAAUGUCCAAGUCCAAAUGCCUGUACUAGAUAUUGAACAACAAGGUCAAUUUAUAGUGAAAGACGAAAGAAAGUUAUCACUGACACAUUCAUUACCGACCACGAAAUUAGGUGAUGGAGUACGUAUCUUAAGUGGAUGCUUUAUUCCUGAUGAUAGUCCUAGAAACAUCUGUGCCAAUCAGGAUGGUGAUGUGUAUUGUACUGGCGUUAGUAGUGAUAAAGUAUUCUUAGUUUCUUCGGAUGGAAAAGAACGUGAGAUAUACAACAGUCCUGACCUGACAACUGCUAUUGGUGUAGCUGUAGAUUACCGUGGUGAUGUGUAUGUAUCAGGAUGUUUAUCAAACAACAUACAUAGAAUAUCUAAUGAUGGACAGAAACAUGACAUUGUUUUGUCAGCAGACGAUGGUAUCAAUGACCGGUCGGUUUAUCUUACAACAAUGAAACAAGAGAACUGUUAG